UGCAGAUAAAACAAGAGGAGAGCGAGGCACUGAAGAAGAAGAACUGCAGAAGCUGCGGAUACAUAGUGCGACUGUCUGAUCAACAAGCUGCUGAGAUCGAUCUUCAAGAUGCAUCUGUUGAUAAUGACGGGGAUGAUUAUGAUAAUGGGGAAGACCGCUGCUCAGUCCCAUUGUGAUCCAAUAACUCAGUAUGAGAAAGCUGGCCAGUGCUGCCGAAUGUGUAGUCCAGGUACUAGCAUGUCAGCGCAGAGCACUUGUUUGGAGCCUCAGUGCACAGAAUGCGGGGAGAAAGAAUAUCAGGAUAAAUACAACUCUGAACGCCAGUGUCACCGUCAGCCGUACUGUGACCCCAAUAAAAACUUCCAGUCCUCUACUCAAGAGAGUAAGAAGAAACGAACCACCUGCCUGUGUGAGCUGGGGUUCCACUGCUCCAGUGAAGCUUGUUUAACCUGUGUGCCACACACAGCCUGCACACCAGGACACUGGGCUCAGUCCACGGGCAACCAUACCCAUGACACAGUGUGUCAGAAAUGCCCGGAAGGCUCAUUUUCUACUAGCAACUCAUGGAACAGUGUCUGUACCAAAUGGACAGAGUAA